AUGACUUCUUUCGAAGGCAAAGUGAUCGCCGUGACAGGCGCCGCAUCUGGCAUGGGCCUAGCAACCGCCCAACUUCUCGCCUCAAGAGGAGCAACAAUCUCUCUUGCAGACAUCAACGAAGAAGCCCUCAAAUCCGCCCUCAAUACACUCCCCGGUACAGAACACAUUUAUCAGGUAGUUGACGUCAGCAAAAGUGACUCAGUAAAUAAAUGGAUCCAAAAGAUCGUUGAAACGAUUGGUAAACUGGACGGUGCUGUCAAUAUGGCUGGUAUCAUAGCUGAACCAACGCCACUCACUGAGUAUAGCGAUGAGGUUUGGGAUAGGAUGUUUGCGGUGAAUACACGAGGAGUCUUCAAUUGCCUGCGCGCAGAGUUGAAAGCAAUGACGGCUGGUGGAAGUAUUGUAUCUGCUGCAAGCGUUUUUGGUCAGUUUGGAGCUCCUGGCCAUGUAGCUUACUGCGCUAGUAAAUCUGCCGUUAUUGGUCUCUCCAGAACGGCUGCCAAGGAGAAUGAACACAUCCGAGUUAACUGUGUUUCGCCAGGCUCUGUGAGCACCGCCAUGAAUGAACACGAUGAUGCAGAGCACGUGAAGCGCAGUCUUGCAAGCACUGUUCAAAAGAGAAGAGCAAAGCCAAUCGAAGUAGCUCGAGUCAUUGCUUUUCUUCUCAGUGAUGAAGCAUCUUUCGUGACAGGUGCUGUGUACAACGUUGAUGGCGGUUGGGUAUGCUGA